AUUUCUGUUGUUUUAUGCCGACCGGUGUUGGACAUUUCAGAUAGCUAAAUUCUAGCAUUUCAUUGCGUUUUCGUCUGAACGUCAUUUGAGCGCAGUAGUGAAAAUUGGUAAAUUUUAAGCUGAAUUGAUUCAAAACCUCAUUGAAGCUAUCAAAAAAGUUGUCUGUUAUUCAGUGUAAUCGAAUAGAAGAUUUAUUGUUUUUCAAAACCACUUAGAAGGAGCCAAAACAGCCACAACGAUGGCGUCCUAUCAGAUUGCGAAUUUACUCGAAAAGAUGACAUCCAACGAUAAGGAUUUCCGAUUUAUGGCGACGAAUGAUCUGAUGACUGAACUCCAAAAAGACAGUAUCAAGCUAGACGAUGAAUCAGAGAAAAAAGUCGUUCGGAUGGUGCUACGUCUGCUAGAGGACAAAAAUGGGGAGGUGCAAAAUUUGGCUGUCAAGUGUCUCGGUCCGUUGGUGAACAAAGUUAAGGAGAACCAGGUAGAAACGAUAGUCGACUCACUGUGCGCUAACAUGGUAUCCAACAACGAACAACUUCGUGAUAUUUCCAGCAUAGGUCUUAAGACGGUCAUUUCGGAGCUACCGCAGUCUUCAAACUCAUUGGUACCGAAUGUUUGCCAGCGUAUCACUGGCAAGUUAAGCAACGCAAUUGAAAAGGAAGACGUUUCCGUUCAGUUGGAAGCACUAGAUAUUCUAUCGGAUUUAUUGUCACGCUUUGGCGACUUGUUGGUCCCGUUUCAUGAACUUAUCCUAAAAGCUCUAGUACCGCAGUUGGGAUCGGCUCGGCAGGCAGUUCGCAAGCGUACGAUAGUGGCUCUAUCUCAUCUAUUGACAACGUGUAACAACAACGCUUACAAUAAGGUCAUCGAGCAUUUGCUGGACGGGUUGGAGAAGCCCCAGAAUCAAGGGAUGGUUCGGACCUACAUUCAAUGCUUGGCUGCUAUUUGUCGUCAAGCGGGACAUCGGUUGUGCAACCAUAUCGAGCGUGUAAUGUUCUUAUUGAACCAAUACAGCCAUCGUGACGACGAUGAGCUACGUGAGUUUUGUCUGCAGGCAUGUGAAGCAUUUGUGCAGCGAUGCCCGGAAGCGAUCUUACCCCAUAUCCCUUCGAUUGUUGAGCUCUGUCUAAAGUACAUCACGUACGAUCCGAAUUACAAUUACGAAGCUGAUGAUGGUGACGGUGGUGUUGCUAUGGAUAUGGAAGACGAUGAAGAUAUCGAUAGCGAAGAAUACAGCGAUGACGACGACAUGAGUUGGAAGGUACGUCGUUCGGCAGCUAAGUGUUUGGAGUCCGUUAUUUCAACAAGACAUGAGCUUUUGGAGGACUUUUAUAAGACAUUGUCACCAGCUCUGAUUGCUCGUUUUAAAGAGCGCGAAGAAAAUGUGAAAUCGGACAUUUUUCAUGCAUAUAUUGCGCUGUUGAAGUCUACUCGACCCAUUGGCGAUGACAUUGCUCAUGAUCCCGAUUCCAUGGAACAGGUGCCGAGCUCCAUAAGCAUGUUACAGGACCAAGUACCGAUGAUAGUAAAGGCAGUGCAACCGUUGAUGCGGGAGAAAUCAGUCAAAACUCGGCAGGAUUGCUUCCUGUUGUUGCGAGAACUUUUGAACGCGUUACCUGGAGCUUUGUCUAACCAUAUCGAUCAACUGAUGAGUGGCAUCCAUUACUCGCUUAACGAUAAAAAUUCGACAUCGAACAUGAAGAUUGAUGCACUGGGUUUUGUUCAUUGUAUGCUGGCAGGUCACAAUCCUCAAGUUUUCCACCCUCAUAUUAAGACAUUGGUUCCACUAAUUGAGGCAGCAGUUUUUGAUGCAUUUUAUAAAAUUGCUACCGAAGCUCUAAUGGUUUUGCAGCAACUGGUGAAAGUUAUUCGCCCACUGAACAUACAAACCAGCUUUGAUUUCACACCCUAUGUACAGCCACUUUACACAAGCACCCUACAGAGGUUACGUUCUCCUGAAGUUGACCAAGAAGUGAAAGAACGUGCCAUUGCUUGCAUGGGUCAGAUAAUCGCCAACAUGGGAGAUGUUUUGCAACAAGAACUAAACACGUGCUUGCCGCUGUUCAUGGAACGACUGCGUAAUGAAGUGACUCGAUUAAGCUCAGUUAAAGCCCUGACUAUGAUUGCUGCCUCUCCGUUGCGUGUGAAUCUCAGUCCAAUUAUCACAGAAGUGGUUCCGGUAUUAGGAUCAUUCUUACGAAAAAAUCAACGUGCGCUUAAACUGAACUCGUUAACACUGUUGGACACAUUGAUUACACAUUACAAUCAAUUCAUCGACCCGAUAUUGCUAUGCAACGCCGUUUCAGAAGUACCACCAUUGUUGUGCGAGUCCGAUCUUCAUGUUGCUCAGCUUUCGCUUGUACUACUUACCUCUGUUGCUCGUCAGCAACCGCAGGCGCUCAUUGGAGUCCAUGAAUUGAUUCUGCCUGAAGUAAUGAUCUUGGUACGAUCACCGUUGUUGCAAGGAACGGCACUCAACUGCACGUUAAACCUAUUUCAAGCUUUGGUGCAGGCAAACUUACCGGGUCUCAGCUAUCGACAUUUGCUAAACAUGUUAAUGCAUCCUGUGCACAACCAGCAGCAAGGUCCAACCCUACACAAGCAAGCAUAUCAUUCGCUGGCUAAAUGUGUUGCCGCUCUAACGCUUCAGGUGCCAAACGAAGCAGUAACCGUAGCUCGAGAGUUUCUGCGAGAAAUUCAAAAUAGACGUAGCGACGCUCAUUUAGUUUUUUAUCUUCUGACAAUUGGUGAAAUUGGUAGGCACUUCAAUCUUAACGCAAUCGACUCACUUGCACAGAUUAUACUGAACUGCUUCUCAGCGUCAUCGGAGGACGUGAAAGGAGCCGCAUCCCAUGCUUUGGGAGCGAUUGCCGUUGGUAACAUGAGUCACUAUCUGCCAUUUAUUUUGACUGAAAUCGAGGCUCAACCAAAGCGGCAAUAUUUGCUUCUUCAUUCGCUGAAGGAAGUUAUCACGUCGUUGUCAACCAGCAAACAGGGUCUGGAGCAACUCCUUCCGUCGGUGCCAUCUAUCUGGGCACAACUGUUCAAACAUUGCGAAUGUUCAGAGGAAGGGUCUCGCAAUGUCGUUGCCGAAUGUUUGGGAAAACUGGUGCUCGUUAAUCCUGAAGAAUUACUGCCACAAUUGCAAUUAGCGCUACGAAGCGAGAGUCAUUUGAUGCGGACCGCAGUUGUCUCGGCAAUUAAAUUCACCAUCUCCGAUCAGCCACAAUCAAUCGAUCCUUUACUGCGACAGUGCAUCGGACAGUUCCUUUUCGCUCUGCAAGAUCCGGAACCAGCAGUACGACGAGUAGCACUGGUAGCCUUCAAUUCUGCUGUGCACAAUAAGCCAAGUUUGGUACGGGAAUUACUUCCGGAGUUGCUACCACAGUUGUAUUCGGAGACGAAGGUUAAGAAAGAUCUGAUUAGAGAAGUGGAAAUGGGCCCAUUCAAACAUACUGUGGAUGAUGGUUUAGAUAUACGAAAGGCCGCAUUCGAGUGUAUGUACACAUUGUUGGAACAGGGUCUUGACCGGGUAGACAUCAUGCAAUUUUUGGAGCACGUGCAGGCUGGUUUGAAAGAUCACUAUGACAUAAAGAUGUUAACAUACUUAAUGACUGCUCGAUUGGCCAUACUUUGCCCGUCAGCAGUGCUACAAAAACUUGAUCAAUUUGUAGACCCACUUCGUGCAACCUGCACAUUGAAGGUAAAAGCCAACUCCGUCAAGCAAGAGUAUGAAAAACAAGACGAACUGAAACGGUCGGCUUUGCGCGCCGUUGCUGCACUUCUGCAAAUCCCUAAAGCAGAUAAAAAUCAACACUUAGCCGAGUUUUUGCAACUGAUUCGUAGCUCAUCAGAGUUACAACCUCUGUUUGAAUCGGUUCAGAAAGAUUCAUCCGUGUUAAGCAACAACAACGCAGACAGUCUAACGAUGGACCAGAGCUAGGUGGAACGCAGUUGUGGUGUUGUUGUAUCGAGUUAUUGGUUUAAAAAACGCAAGGUGUGGUAGAAUGCUGCUCAUUGAGAUUACUGUCGCAUCGAGUUAGUAGCGGUCUUCUUGUCGAAUGCUUUUGUUCAUUUGCAUGAUGUGUGACCCUCGUAUGACUUUAAUUAACAAUAUUUAAUCAGAAGAAACAUUUUGAACGAAGGAUUUGCGAUAAAAAAGGAAAAAGAUUUUAUAUGAAGAAACACGUCUCAAUAUUACAUUUAUCAAAUGCAUUUAGAGUAAAUGACAGGAUAGGGAUUUUAUAGCGUGUUGUUUAAAAAUGAACGAAGAAUGCUAUGUCAAAAACAAUAAAAUUGAACACUUGUAACAGCUGCUAUUCAACAGUCCCGAGAAUCAUAAUCGUACAGAGUUAUGAAACAGUGUGGCAUAAUAAACUCCACCUUUUAGUUUCUAAAUCCAACGGUCAAAUAAAAACAAAUCUUCUACAGAUUACUGUUAAAAGUAACCAGUGAAUAAAUGCCAGCUUGAU